AACUAUUCCAUGGCAGUGUACCUGGUGAAGCAGCUGUCCUCUACGGUGCUACUGCAGAGGUUGCGAGCGAAAGGAAUCCGGAACCCUGAUCACUCUAGAGCACUAAUUAAAGAGAAGCUGACUGCUGAUCCAGACAGUGAAAUAGCAACAACAAGCUUAAGAGUGUCUCUUCUUUGUCCACUUGGUAAGAUGAGGCUAACCAUACCCUGCAGGGCCCUGACCUGUUCACACCUGCAGUGUUUUGAUGCCACUCUCUACAUUCAGAUGAAUGAGAAGAAGCCCACCUGGGUUUGCCCUGUCUGUGACAAGAAAGCUCCCUACGAACACCUCAUCAUUGAUGGGUUGUUCAUGGAAAUCCUGAAGUUUUGUACAGAUUGUGAUGAAAUCCAGUUCAAGGAGGAUGGAUCCUGGGCUCCUAUGAGAUCCAAGAAGGAGGUGCAGGAAGUAACUGCAUCUUACAAUGGAGUUGAUGGUAAGUCAUGUUUGGGGUGUGUGGACUCUUCCUUGGAACAUCAGGUGUCUUCUCACCAACAGUCAAACAAAAACAAGAAGGUAGAAGUGAUUGAUUUGACCAUUGAUAGCUCAUCAGAUGAAGAGGAGGAGGAACCAUCUGCAAAGAGAAGUUGUCCUUCCAUAUCUCCAGCAUCACCAUUAAAUAACAAGGGCAUUCUAAAUUUACCCCACCAAGCAUCUCCUGUGUCCAGAACCCCAAGCCUUCCUGCUGUUGACACCAGCUACAUCAACACAUCACUUAUCCAAGACUACAGGCAUCCAUUCCAUAUGACACCAAUGCCUUAUGACUUGCAAGGUUUAGAUUUCUUCCCUUUCCUGUCAGGAGACAAUCAGCAUUACAACACCUCCCUCCUUGCCGCCGCAGCCGCGGCAGUUUCCGCCUCAGAUGAUCAAGAACUCUUACACUCUCGUUUUUUCCCCUACACUUCAUCUCAGAUGUUUCUCGAUCAGCUCAAUGCAGGAGGAAGCAGUUCUCUGCCAGCCACAAAUGGUAGCAAUAGUGGCAGUAACAGCAGUCUUGUUUCCUCCAACAGCCUGCGAGAGAAUCAUGGUCAUCCCGUUGCAAGUAGGAGCAGCACGGACACGGCGUCAAUCUUUGGUAUCAUACCAGACAUUAUUUCCUUGGACUGAUUUGGGUUUGGACAGAGGAAAAAAAAAAAAAUCUUUGUGCUUGGGUUUGACUUUAUGUUUAGAAAAACAUAGACAAGUUGUUUUGGUUGGUUUUUUUCCUUUUUUUUUAGGGGGAAAAAAAAAGAACCUUUACGUGUACAGAGAACAAAAGUAUAUUUUCAGUUUUACUUUUGUAU